UUCUGUCAAGUAUAAAUAGCUUGUGUGUUUACAGUUAGCCAGAUAGAGUCCUUUGUUAGUGGAAUCGUACUAGUGUCAUAAUGUGCGGGCUGCGUAACAAUCUACGCAUUGUCCCAUAAUUCAUCGUUGGGAGUUUAAAAAAAUAUAUUUUCAGAAACGGUCUUUUUUUUCCCCUGAGGGCUUUUUUCCCCUCUUACCGCUUUUGUCUACUAACCAAGAAGGAAGCCUCAAUCGGAAACCAUUCUAAGGUCAUCUUGAGUCUCCUUUGAAACCCUGUCGCCAUGGUGUUGAUUCUGGGCAGACGGAUGAACAGGGAGGACAACGGCAUCAGAGACUCACCGGCUGUAAAACGAAAGGUAUUUGAAGUGGACUCUAAGACACUGGCCAGCCAGGAAGUGUUAGACUUCUGCUCCGGCUCCUCGCACUCCGAGGGCAUCCUGCAGGUGUUCAACGAGUUCCGCGACUGCCGCCUGUUCACCGACGUGGUCAUCAGCGUGCAGGGCCGCGAGUUCCCCUGCCAUCGGGCCGUGCUCUCGGCGUGCUCCUCCUACUUCCGAGCCAUGUUCUGCAACGAUCACCGCGAGAGCCGCGAGAUGCUGGUGGAGAUCAACGGCAUUCUGGCCGAAGCCAUGGAAUCCUUCCUCGCUUACGUUUACACCGGCCGUGCCAAGAUCACCACGGAGAAUGUCCAGUUCCUCUUCGAGACCUCCAAUCUCUUCCAGAUCGCCACGUUACGUGACGCUUGCGCCAAAUUCCUGGAGGACCAGCUGGACCCGUGCAACUGCCUGGGCAUCCAGCGCUUUGCGGACGCUCACUCCCUCAAGCAGCUGGCCAGCCGUUGCCGCUGUUACGCUCUGGCCAAUUUCUCCGAGGUGGCCCAGCACGAGGAGUUCCUUGACCUCCGCAAGGAAGAGCUGGAAGAGUACAUCGACAGUGACGAGCUGUCCAUUGGGAAGGAGGAGUUGGUGUUUGAGGCCGUGAUGCGCUGGGUUUACCACAGUGUGGAGCAGCGCAAGCCCAUGCUGAAGGCCUUGCUCCAUCAUGUGCGCCUGCCACUUUUGCACCCCAACUACUUUGUCCAGACGGUGGAAGGAGACCAGAUCAUCCAGAACGCUCCGGAGUGCUACCAUCUCCUCCACGAAGCCAGGCGCUACCACGUGCUUGGAAAUGAAAUGAUGUCUCCCAGAACCCGGCCGCGCAGGUCAACUGGUUACUCGGAGGUGAUUGUGGUGGUUGGCGGUUGCGAGAGAAUAGGGGGCUUCAACCUGCCCUACACCGAGUGCUACGAUCCAGUGACGGGGGAGUGGAAGUCGCUGGCCAAACUCCCCGAGUUCACUAAGUCGGAGUACGCCGUGUGCGCCCUCCGCAAUGACAUUCUCGUGUCAGGUGGUCGCAUCAACAGCAGGGACGUGUGGAUGUAUAACUCGCAACUCAACCUGUGGAUCAGAGUGGCGUCAUUAAAUAAAGGCCGCUGGAGACACAAGAUGGGUGUCCUGCUGGGCAAGGUUUACGCUGUGGGUGGCUACGACGGCCAAAGCCGCCUGAGCAGCGUGGAGUGUUAUGAUUCCUUCUCAAACCGCUGGACAGAGGUGGCGCCCUUGAAGGAGGCGGUGAGCUCGCCGGCCGUGGCCAGCUGCGCCGGCAAGCUCUUCGUGAUAGGAGGAGGGCCUGACGACAAUACCUGUUCAGACAAGGUCCAGUGCUACGAUCCAGAGAGCGACACUUGGCUCCUCCGCGCCAACAUCCCCAUCGCCAAGCGCUGCAUCACAGCCGUGUCGCUCAACAACCUCGUGUACGUGUGCGGCGGUCUCACCAAGUCCCUCUUCUGCUACGACCCCGUGGAGGACUACUGGAUCCAUGUGGUGCAUACUUUUGGAAAACAGGAGAGCUGCGGCAUGUCGGUUUGCAACGGGAAGAUCUUCAUCCUGGGCGGCCGAGGCGAAAACGGCGAAGCCACCGACACCAUCAUUUGUUAUGACCCGGCCACAGGCAUCAUCACAGGGGUGGCUGCUAUGCCACGUUGCAUCUCCUACCACGGCUGCGUAACCAUUCAUCGCUUCAACGACAAGUAUCACAGGCCAUGAGCGGAAACACGCAUGCACUUCCCAUGUUUGAAUGCAUCAACACACACUUUAUUGCAAGCAUGAUUCAGUUAAUUUAUUUUCUCACGGCAUCAUGUAGCAACACUCAUCGCGGUGCUGUGAACACUUUAUUAGAUAAUCGGAUAAAAUCAUCGGUCAAACACGCAACGGGAUUUCUAGGAAGUGACCCAAGUACGUCCAAAUAAUGGCACAUUAGUUUUUUUUUUUUUUACCUACUUUACAGGGUGUCUAAAAUGUCACUAUACACUUCCAAAUCUCUAUUUUCUCCCUUUUUCUUUUCAGUUAUCAUUCAAACAGAUGAGAGGCUAACAGCAAUCGAGCGCUUAGAUUUAAUAAAAAUAAUAUUGUCGUAUAAUUGGACAGCUUGAUCAAAUAUGUUCCAAAUCUGAAAUGCUUCCCUUCAUCUCGCUUUUCCGUUCAUUCAAUUGAACUCUUUCCACUUCCUAUUUUUUGAAGCUUUAUUUUGCAAUGCUAUCAUUUAUAUUAAUCACAUUACUGGUAUUGUUAUUGUAUAAUAUAAGUUAUAAGUGCGUGCAUGUUUUUUUUUAUACAAAGUUAUUGUGUACACAUUUAGCCAUGUGCAUUGUGAUUGCGUCAUAGUAUAGCGGGCAUGUGGGUGGUGGUGUAGAUGUAGUGGGAGAUGUUUUGGUAGACCGAACCUCCCUUAUUCGAGUCUGCUCUGAAUAGAACGGUUGAUGUGCGCGCAACAUUUCCGACGUAGUUUGGAUGGUGUCAGCUCGCUCAGUGUUAACCAAUGCUGCUUACACCUUUCCAUUAAAAGACACAAGAUGUAACUCGGGUUAACCGUAGAUACCUCCGUGUAUGUUUGUGGGUUUGCGAGAGGGAGGAUAUGUUUGAAGCACUAGCCCUGACUAGAGGUCAGUAAAAGUUUUUGUUCCUUUUUUUUUUUUUUACAAUCGAUAUUGAUAGAAAAGCUGUGCUGUGAAUUUUUUGUUUUUUCUUGCAAUAUAUUCUUUUGUUUCUGAGAGCCCCAAUUGUGCACUUUGACAGAAUAAUGUUAAAUAGAUGAGUUGAGCUUUUUUUUUUCUGUAUUGGUAAACAGUUAUUUGCUUUCACAUGACGUGGAGGAGAUUGUGUAGUGCGCCGCUGUUUGGCCACGCAAUGUAACAAUUCAGAUUUGACAACACAGACACGAGAGGGCAAAGUUCACUUGGGGAAAGAUUAGAAAGAUGUGAGAGCUUUGCCUUCGCUUGUGUUCAGCAUUUUUUUUUUAUAAUUUAAGAAGACAUGGAUAUAACAAUCCAUCAAUUAGUUUUUCUCAAACGGACGUCAAUUUCACCGAAUAUUUAAAUCAAUGCGAUAACAUGUUGAAUUGGGUUCCAUUUGAAUUGUUUUCUAUUUUGAGAUUUACACACAUUUGCUUUAAUAAUAUUUACAUUCAUUUUGUGGUUUUAUUUUGUAAUGGGAUUGUGUGUUUUUCACUACAUGUGCAAAAGGUAUCAAGAUCCGAACUAUUUUCUGAAAGAAAAUUAGUUUGAUAUGACGGUAGAAACCAACUUGGGUUAAUUGGAUGUGAUCAUCUUGUCUGGGAUAAAGUGCCUUUAAAAGAAUAAACCAGCAGGGGAAUAUUGAUUUUCUUUUUAUAUGAACCAUUACAAAUGUAUGUUUGAUGUUAUAUUUUACGAUGCUGUUUGUUAGGAUUUAAGAUGUUUUUGUAAUGGUUGACUUGUGUACUAUAUCAAUAAAGUUUUUUCUUUCUCUACAAAAUAA